AUGGAUAGACCUAUAGAUGAUAUUGUGAAAAAUCUUUUAAAAUUUGUUGUCAGGGGGUUUUAUGGUGGCUCUUUUGUACUCGUACUCGAUGCUAUAUUAUUUCACUCGGUCCUAGCUGAAGAUGACUUGAAACAGUUGUUGAGCAUAAAUAAGACAGAACUGGGGCCACUCAUUGCUAGAUUAAGAUCAGAUAGGUUAAUAUCCAUACACAAACAAAGAGAAUACCCUCCAAAUUCCAAAAGUGUGGAAAGAGUUUACUACUAUGUAAAAUAUCCUCAUGCUAUUGACGCAAUCAAAUGGAAAGUCCAUCAAGUGGUACAGAGAUUGAAGGAUGAUCUAGACAAAAACUCAGAACCAAAUGGUUACAUGUGUCCGAUUUGUUUGACCAAGUACACUCAAUUGGAGGCUGUACAAUUAUUGAAUUUUGAUAGGACUGAAUUCUUAUGUUCACUAUGCGAUGAACCGUUGGUAGAAGAUGAUUCUGGUAAAAAGAACAAAGAGAAGCAAGAUAAACUUAAUAGAUUAAUGGACCAGAUUCAGCCAAUCAUCGAUUCUUUGAAAAAGAUUGAUGAUUCAAGAAUUGAAGAGAAUACUUUCGAAAUUGCGUUGGCUCGCUUGAUACCACCUCAAAAUCAAUCACAUGCCGCGUACACUUACAAUCCAAAGAAAGGCAGUACUAUGUUCAGACCGGGAGAUUCUGCUCCAUUACCAAAUCUUAUGGGCACUGCUCUCGGUAACGAUAGUAGUAGACGUGCCGGUGCUAACUCUCAAGCCACGUUACAUAUCAACAUCACUACGGCAAGUGAUGAAGUGGCUCAAAGGGAACUGCAAGAGAGGCAGGCUGAAGAGAAAAGAAAACAAAACGCCGUCCCUGAAUGGCAUAAACAGAGUACCAUUGGUAAGACUGCUCUUGGUAGACUGGAUAAUGAAGAGGAGUUCGAUCCUGCAGUUACUGCAUCCACCUUGGAUUCCAUAAAUGCUGAUAAUGAACCUACACAGGAAACGCCUUAUCAGAACAAUAGAACUCUAACCGAGCAAGAAAUGGAAGAAAGAGAGAAUGAAAAGACAUUGAAUGAUUACUACGCUGCUUUAGCCAAAAAGCAAGCAAAGCUGAACAAAGAAGAGGAAGAGGAAGAGGAAGAGGAAGAGGACGAGGAUGAGGACGAGGAAGAGAUGGAAGAUGUUAUAGAUGAUAAUGGUGAAGCUGCUGUAGAAAAUACAUUGGAAGACGAAUUUGAAGAUGUAACAGAUGCAGCCGACGCGGCAAAGACAGAAACAAACAUAUCUAGUGAUGUAAAACAAGAAUCGAUUGAUUAUAAGACUGAAGAAACGAUAAAUACUAAUGCCAGGGCUUCAGAUUCGAAAGCAAAUGGUGAUGAUGAUGAUGACGAUGAUGAAAUGGACAUUGAAUUUGAGGACGUUUAA